AUGGCGAACAAGAAGCUGGUGGUGGUGUUUGGAGCCACAGGUGCCCAGGGGGGCUCAGUGGCCCGGACGCUCCUGGCAGAUGGGACAUUUAGGGUCCGAGUGGUGACCCGGGACCCUGGGCAGAGGGCAGCGAAGCAGCUGACACUGCAAGGUGCAGAGGUAGUGCAGGGAGACCAGGAUGACGAGGCCAGCAUGGAGCUGGCCCUGAGUGGGGCUCACGCCACCUUCAUUGUGACCAACUACUGGGAGAACUGCAGCCAGGAGCAGGAGGUCAAGCAGGGAAAGCUGCUGGCCGAUCUGGCCAAGCGCCUGGGCCUGUGCUACGUGGUCUACAGCGGCCUGGAGAACAUCAAGAAGCUAACGGGGGGGAGACUGACAGCGGGACACUUUGACGGCAAAGGGGAGGUGGAGGAGUAUUUCCGGGACAUCAGCGUCCCCAUGACCAGCGUGCGGCUGCCCUGCUAUUUUGAGAACCUCCUCUCCUACUUCCUGCCCCAGAAAGCCCCGGAUGGAAGGAGCUACUUGCUGAGCUUGCCCAUGGGUGACGUGCCCAUAGAUGGCAUGGCCGUGGCUGACCUAGGUCCCGUGGUGCUCAGCUUGCUAAAGACCCCAGAGGAGUACAUCGGCAGGAACAUCGGGCUCAGCACCUGCAGGCACACGGCGGAGGAGUAUGCUGCCCUGCUCUCCAAGCACACAGGCAAGGCGGUGCGCGAUGCCAAGACAAGCCCUGAGGACUACGAGAAGCUUGGCUUCCCCGGCGCCCGGGACCUGGCCAACAUGUUCCGUUUUUAUGCCCUGAAACCUGACCGCAACGUUGAACUGACCCUGAAGCUCAACCCCAAGGCCAGGACACUGGACCAGUGGCUAGAGCAGCACAAAGGGGACUUUGCAGGGCUGUGA